AUGCCAAGCAUCGCUGGUGAUACGGAUCCAGAGCUCGUAACCCUGUUAAUUGAUGGUGCGCGAUACGGCGACUUGGAAGACGUCGACAGCGCGUUAGCACAAGGCGUACAGCCAGACAGCAAAGAUGCUAUGGGCCGCACAGCCCUUCAUAUGGCUUGUGCCAACGGCCACUGCGAAGUCAUUGGUCGGCUGCUGCACGCUGGAGCGCUGACUGAUAUUCAAAACAACGAGGGCAACACUCCGCUGCACUGGGCGUGCCUCAACGGCCACAAAGAGGUGCGUCCUCGAGGGGGGCGGGGGGGGAGAGAGCGGGCGGGGGGGGACAUGCCAGGAAGCGGAUAA